AUGGACUCACGAACUAAAUUAUUUCAUUGUGAUGUGUGUUCCACUGAUUGUACUAAUCGUAUAAGAGUACAAUGUGCUAUAUGCACCGAUUACGAUCUAUGUGUCCCUUGCUUUGCUGCUGGACUUACAACAGGGGAUCAUAAACCAUGGCAUGAUUAUCGAAUAAUUGAACAAAACACGUACCCCAUCUUCGAUAGAAACUGGGGUGCUGACGAAGAGUUAUUGUUGAUUCAAGGGUGUGAGACAUUCGGUUUGGGUAAUUGGGCCGAUAUUGCGGACCACAUUGGAAGUAGGUCCAAGGAAGAAGUGGCGGAGCAUUAUUACAAGAUCUACCUCGAAAGUAGGGAUUAUCCAUUGCCAGAAAUGAACAAAGAUUUUACUUCAGUAUCCCCAUUACAAUUCCUCGAGGAAAGAAAAGAGAGAUUAGAGAAAAGGCGGAACAUGCCCUUGCCUCCACCAAAGGGUAAGCCACCAGCCUCGGUACCACUUUGUCACGAGAUUCAAGGUUUCAUGCCUGGUAGGUUGGAGUUUGAUCACGAGGCAGAAAAUGAAGCAGAAGUUCCUAUAAAGGAUAUGAUAUUUGACCCAGACGACCUGAUAAAUGACAUCGAAUUGAAGUUGACCAUUCUCGACAUAUACAAUUCCCGAUUGACAACCAGAGCAGAACGCAAACGAAUAAUGUUUUUGAACAAUCUACUUGAGUAUAGGAAGAACAUCACCAAUGACAAGAAAAAGUCCAAGGAAGAGAAGGAUUUACUUAAAAAAGUCAAUGCUUUCAUACGAGUCUUGAGUCCUGAGGAUUUUGACUCAUUCACACGCGAUCUUUUAACUGAGUUGAAAUGUCGCAUAAGAAUACAACAAUUACAAUCCUGGAGACAGAAUGGUAUCACCACACUCGACGAUGGAGCGAAAUUCGAAAAAGAUAAAGUGAUUAGAAGUGCACAUUAUACGAGGAUGGGUAACGGGACACUUAGUGCUAGACACUCAGCAACUCCAGGUAUUAAUGGAAAUGGGAAAAAGUUCCCCUCUCCUCAACCCGAUUUCAAACCUAAGCCACCGGUCAACAGAGCACCUUUGGAUAUAAGCCAUGCUGCUGAUUUCGAACUUCUUUCACCCGAGGAAAAGCAAUUGUGUGCAACAUUGAGAGUUUUACCAAAACCAUAUUUAGCAAUCAAAAACCAGCUAAUGAAGGAAGCAGUGAAAAACAACGGAGUAUUAAAGAAAAAAGAUGCUCGUCAAGCAUUGAAGAUUGAUGUAAACAAGGCCUCCAAAAUUUAUGAGUUUUUUGUUCAAAUGGGAUGGUUGUCUCAGGGGUGA